AUGCAACAUUAUUCGAGUGGUGCUAGACAUUCCUUGCACACUACUACAACUGGGCGUGUUUCUUACUAUCCGCGAUCACCAAAUCUUGCGAAUGGUCAUCCUCAUCAUGGAGGUGGAGCUCGACCUACUUCAAAGCGUUUGUCGGCGAUUGGUAGUCCUGCGUCUACUGUUGGUUAUGGAAGUGGUUGGGUUCCUAGUAGUGCACCUUCUAAUGUCGGGAGAUCGUCUGGUGGAAUUCAGCAACAUAAAAAUGCUUAUGAGCGUAAGCAGUAUCAGUCUAAGCAACCAUUGGGCACCGGCGGCAACAGAGCGAAUCUUGGGGAAAAAUCGGUUAAUAAGACUCCGUGGCCAAGCCGAGGCGGAAAUUUCACUGAUGAUGUCUCUGAUGCAUCGGACGACGACAACUCUUCACAAACUGGCAGCGAGUCUCCUUAUUCUGUGGCAAAGCCGGCAUGCAAGCCUGAAGAUGAGUGCAUUAAUAAGGAAAGUGAGGAGGAGGGCGACAAUGUUGAGAACGAAGAAGAUUCUGAGAAGCUUAUUGUUAGUUGUAAACAACAAGGAGUUUUAGAGGGCGAUGGUGAAGAUGAUAAUGCUUCGGCAAAAAUAGAUGGUGGGAGUACUGGUGAUUUUGAGGAGAAGGAGAACAACAACAACAAUGAUGACAACAAGGUUGUAGAAUCGUCGGUGGUCGUUACUUCAACUAUUGUUACUCCAGGUGCUAUGAUCUCGCCAGUCGUUGGAGGUUUUGGUCGUAGCCGUCGUAAUUGA